AUGAAUAUAUCCCGUACAAAGUCGACCAAGGCUGCCCUAAAUAAAGGGUAUCGCAUAGACGAACUGGAAUGCUCUGCAUGCUGCAAGUAUUUGUCUGUGAAGCCCAUCAAAGUCUACGAAGGCGACAAACUGAAAUGCGGGAGGUGCAGUAAAGAAGAUGACGGUGGAAUUUUCAGCGAGCUGAACAGUUACGAUGAAAAUCAACUGUUCAAAUGCCAUAACCGAUUCGCCGGGUGCCGCAAACUGCUGACCAGCUCCCAGGCGAGGGCCCACGAAGCAACCUGCAGGGACUACAUCUACUCGUGUCCCUACUGCCCGGGACUGUUUAUGCAGUCGUUUUUGCUGGAACGGCAUUUUCUGGAGCGCCACUACACGUACGUGUUGAAGCAGCCCGUGGUUCUAAUUUCCUACGGUUUCCGAAGCAGCUCGUUUCUCUACAAAAUUAACGAUUUUCUGUUUUUGAUCGUUUUUAAAGUGGACCUGGCUUUGGGGGUAUGUCAUAUCUUCAACACUCCGGUAGGCGAUAAAUCAGUCGCUUUAAAAUACCACAACAUAACUAUGGAAACUUCCAACAUUAUUGAACCGAUGGAAGAGUUGCACGUACCGACGAAUCUACAGGCUAUGCAGCUACAACUUAAUCCCAAGGCAGACCUAAAGUCAUACUUAAAAGUUGUAUUCAGGUAUGAUGUCGUUGAUAUCCCUUUCUACGAACCUCUUCCUCUCGAUCCGAAUAAUGAAAUUUUGUCGGAACCUCCGGAGUUGCUGGAGGAAUUGAAAAUUGUAAGAUCUUUAGAAAUUUUCCAAAAUUUAUGCGCUAGGUUCGGUAUUGCUUGGCCUUUUGCUUUCGAUGUAACCGAAUUACCUACAAACAUCUUUACGAACGACGAUUAUUUUUACAUCACGGAAAUUGAAAAUUUGAUAAGUACGAAAAUCUACUUGAAUUGUUACAAAUGUUUUACCAGCUCUUACAACGGUCCGAUGAAGGGCGUUUUCGUCAAAAUUAAUCGCAGCGCAUUCUUUUUGUGUUGUAUUUGCUGUCAGAUAAAAAUAAAGGAAAACAGGAGGAUCAAAUACAAACAAUAUUUCUGCAACAGCUUGAGGAAUUUUAACGUGCGCUUUCCUGAUGGUAAGGACUGUUACAGUAUUCUUCAAUUAUCAGAUUUUAUUGAAGACAGCAGCAAACGUUUCGAUUGUCCGUUUUUGCUUUGUAAAAUUUCCGGAACGUACCUGGAAAUUAGUGUUCACAUAGAUCUGAUGUUCACGAAAUUUCAAGUGCUAUCCCAAUGGUUCUUUUGGUAA